CCGCCAAGUGCGUCCUGAAGAAAUUUGAAUUUGGCGCCUUAGUUUUCGCGCGCUUGGGUGGCGGCGCUGCUGUCUCAGCUUCCGCCCAACUCCAUUGAAUUUUAAUUGUCAAAGUUUAGGACGCAGUUGUCCUCUUUUGUCCGCCUUUGCGGUGAAAGUUUCGAGGCCUUGUCAGACGGGAUAAAGUCUUUUACGUCAGCCUCAUCGAUGUGUACUAUACUCCUCACGAUACGAGGUCCUUAUCCAGAAUAAAGACGCCUCUAUUCUCAAUGAAAGUUUGAGUACAUUUUUAAAGCCGCAACAGUAAAAGACUUUCCCGACGUAAUGCACCGAAGAGGACUCGAUCUUUUGGCGGAUGCUGCUGACAGGCAGACUACGAUGUUUCUCCAACAGGAGAGUAGGAGAUUGGCUGAUGAACUGCAGCAUAUGCAGACGCAGUUGCAAGCACUGUCAGAUAGUCGGCAGAGAGCAUCGAGGGACUGGAUUUCCUCUCGUUGGGCGUCGACGCCCAUUCCGCCACAGCCAAAUUUCUCCUCCGUUGAAGCCACAUGUAGCAAGGCGAGAUGCACUAUGCCCACUGCAGAGGCUACAGCUCAUGCCGUGGAUAUAAAUACUGGCAUUGAUCCUCCGCAAUGCAGGACGCCUCCUGUUUUGCCUGCUAGGGACCCCAGUCCAACUAAUCAUGAGAAGUCCGCUGACAGUGGCUUUGAUCUUUCGAAGGCAAUAUCGACUCUCGCCGAUGUGUUGGUGCGGCGGGGGGAAGGACUUCCUAAAAAGGAACCGGAAGUUUUCAAAGGCGACAUCUUUUCGUAUCCAUCCUGGAAAAAUUCAUUUAAUGUGUUGGUUGAGGGCAGAUACCCAUCAGCUAUGGACAGAUUGUACUAUCUCGGUCGUUACACUGCAGGAGAUGCAAAGCGUUGCAUUAAAGGCCUGCUUGAUUUGAACACCUGUGAAGCAUAUGCUAAGGCAAAGCAGAUUCUCGAAGAGCGUUUCGGAGAUCGGUUGAAGUUGUCUGAGAACUUUCGUAAUCGCUUAGACAAGUGGCCGUCAGUCAAGCCUGGUGACGGUAAAGGCAUGCAGGAGCUAUCGGAUUUCUUGUGCGAGUGUGAGACGGCUAUGACCAGUUUGUCAAAUCUGAGUAUUUUGAAUGACGCGAUUGAGCAACGCCGUGUGAUAGACAAGUUACCUCGUUUUAUGCAAGAAAGGUGGCUCACAGUUGUGGAUAAAUGGAGAUUUGGAGCUGAUAGUGACGGGUCCGGCCAGGUUGUGAACGACUCAUAUCCACCAUUUUCCAGACUUGUACAGUUUGUAAAGAAACACGCGCGAAUCAUGUCAAAUCCAAUCCUGGAUAGGUCGUCCAGCGCACCUACCAAAUCCGUUGUUAGUGUGAAACCUGCGCAGAGAUCCAGCUUCGCUACCGGAACAGAAACUAUAACUGAAAAGGCCACAGGGCCAACAAAGUGUGUGCUCUGUCCAAAGGACAACACUCAUGCAAUUGACUCAUGUGUGAAAUUCAAGAAUAUGUCUCUUAGUGAUAGAAAGGAAGCCGUAAAGAAGCAUGGGUUGUGCCUGGGGUGCCUUAAAUGGGGUCAUCGGGUUAGGGACUGCAAAAGCAAGCAUAAAUGCAAAACCUGCUCUCGUGCCCACCCCACGCUUCUUCACGACGACUCUUUCAAACCUGUUGAAUCUACUGUGCAUUGUACAGAGUCAAGUGAUGUGGGCUCAGAAUGUCUGCACACUAUGAUUGUGCCAGUGUAUGUGUAUCAUGUAGACGACCCCUCGCGGGAGGUGUUGGUUUACACAUUGUUGGAUGAUCAAUCUGACACUUGUUUCGUAUCUGAGUCAGUGCUGGAGGGCAUUGAUAAGAGAGGUGAUAGCACCUAUCUCAAAAUCAACACAGUGUUGGCAGAAGGUGUUGUGCCAGCUGAGCGGGUGACAGGCCUCAUGGUCCGGGGUUUUGGUGAAUCUGCAAAAAUAAGCCUCCCUGUAGUCUUUUCGCGUAAAGGCAUCGGUGCCUGCCGCUCACAGAUACCGCGUCAAACCAGCGCGAAACAGUGGCGCCACCUCAAAGGGGUGGCACCUAAGAUUAUGCCAUACCGUGAGGAUAUCGAGAUUGGCAUGUUGAUCGGUCAAAAUUGCGCGCGCGCCAUCAGGCCAAGGCAGAUUGUCGCUGGGGGAGAAGAUGAUCCGUAUGGUGUUAAAACGGCGCUAGGUUGGGGCGUGGUUGGCAGGAUGGAUAAAUUAGGGUCAAGGCUUGCUAAUUCACAAGAUCGUUUCGUGUACAGAACUCGUACAAAAGAAAUUAACCCCUCUGAUAUUUUGCAGGUACUCGGCCAAGACUUUGCCGAUACUAAUGAUGUUGAUUCUCAUUCUCUAUCUGUUGAAGACAGGUUGUUCAUUGAAAAGGUUUCCAGUGGCAUCAAACUCCGUGAUGAUGGACACUUUGAAAUUCCCCUCCCGUUUCGUGAGGAUCAGGUGAGACUUCCCAACAACCGAGUGAUGGCUAUGAAGCGUACGCAGAGUCUCAAGGCGAGGAUUAGAAAGGUAAGUAUGGUGAAGAAUAUGUGA